AAAUCUUAUGUGAAGAUAGUAUAGUUUAAAUUUUUGCAUGAAAUAUAAAGUUAGUUGGAGCACAAACAAAAUUUAAGAUACCAUCGAUUUUUCGGUCGUUUAUCAGCCGGUGACUGGAGCGCCGAAUUUGAGAUUCGCAUUACGAUGGUUUAUGUAAAGAGAUUGGUUAUAUCAAUCUUAUCAAACCCACCUCUCUCGGGAUUAUUGACUCGAUUUGGAUAUUUAUACAUGUGACUAUAUUUAGACAUACAUAGAUCUCAGUCCUGUAUAUAUAGAGCUACAUUCAUAAAAGAAAGAUCUAACAUAACAAAAGGAAAAAAGCAUCAAGAACAUGGCGGAGACUCAAGGAAAGGUCAUCACUUGUAAAGCUGCUGUCGUAUGGGGUCCAAAAGUGCCGCUUGUAAUUCAAGAAAUAUGCGUCGAUCCUCCUCAGAAAAUGGAAGUCCGUGUUAAAAUUCUUUACUCCUCCAUUUGCCACACCGAUCUCGGAUGUUGGAACGGCACGAACGAAGCUGAACGAGCAUUUCCAAGGAUUCUUGGCCAUGAAGCUGUCGGGAUUGUAGAGAGUGUUGGAGAAGGAGUAAAAGAUGUGAAAGAAGGAGACUACGUGAUUCCGACUUUCAAUGGAGAAUGUGGUGAAUGUAAAGUGUGUAAGAGAGAAGAAAGUAAUCUCUGUGAGCGAUAUCAUGUGGAUCCUAUGAAGAGGGUGAUGGUGAAUGAUGGAGGGACGAGAUUCUCAACCACCAUAAACAAGGACGGUGGUUCGAGCCAAAGCCAACCUAUAUAUCACUUCCUUAACACCUCCACGUUCACCGAAUACACUGUCUUGGACUCGGCUUGCGUCGUCAAGAUCGAUCCUAAUUCUCCUCUCAAGCAAAUGAGCCUCUUGAGUUGUGGUGUCUCAACUGGGGUUGGAGCAGCUUGGAACAUUGCAAAUGUGAAGGAAGGAAAAAGCACUGCUGUCUUUGGAUUGGGUUCCGUUGGACUCGCUGUUGCUGAAGGUGCAAGAGCUAGAGGAGCUUCUAGGAUCAUUGGUGUUGAUGCUAAUGCUUCCAAAUUUGAGAAAGGUAAACUGAUGGGAGUAACAGAUUUCAUAAACCCUAAAGACUUAACUAAGCCAGUACAUCAGAUGAUACGAGAGAUAACGGGAGGAGGCGUGGACUAUAGCUUUGAAUGUACAGGAAACGUUGAUGUUCUUCGCGAAGCCUUUUUAUCCACUCACGUCGGUUGGGGAUCGACAGUACUUGUUGGGAUCUAUCCGACGCCAAGAACAUUGCCUCUUCACCCAAUGGAGCUUUUCGACGGCCGUAGAAUCACCGGUUCUGUGUUUGGUGGCUUCAAGCCCAAAUCUCAGCUUCCAAAUUUCGCCCAACAAUGCAUGAAAGGGGUUGUGAAAUUGGAACCUUUUAUUACCAAUGAGCUUCCAUUUGAGAAGAUAAACGAUGCGUUUCAGCUGCUUCGCGAUGGAAAAUCUCUUCGGUGCAUUCUUCAAAUCUCUAAACUUCUCAAGAGAUGAUUCUACACAUUCACAAAGUUUACUACACUAUAUAUAAUUUACCCAACAAACACUUAUUUUACUGCAUUAUUCAGUAUAUUAUCUUACCUAUAAAUGUGUAUCAUCAUCAUCAAUAACGCGAUUAUUUGUGCUGAAGGAUUAUAUAUUCAAAAUGAUCUAGUUAUAUAUGUCACAUGAUUGCCGUUAACAAGACACAUUUGAAGAAGCUAAGCAAGAAAAACGGAC